CCCCCCCCCCCCCCCCCCCACCUCCCGCGCCGGGCCCUCUCGCGGCUCGCGGCCUCUCUCCCUCCCUCUCCCCUCCUUUCUCCCUCCCUCCGAGCCCAAUUGCUCAAGCCGCUUCCUUCCCCAACGCCAGCGCCAGUUCCUCUCCCGGAGGGGCCCGGGAAGGGCAGCGAACGCUCGACACUGGAAGCGCCGCGGCGGCAGCGGCCGGACCAUGGCCGAGCCCCGAGGGGCCGCGAACCCGGGGCGCAAGGCCUCCCUCGCCGCCACCGCGCUGAGCUCGCGGAGCGCCGCGCCACCCCGUCCCCCGAGAGCGGACCCCAGCAGCCUGGGCAGGUACCGGGACCACGCCGCCGCGGCCGCCGCCUCCCGGGACUUGCACGGCUCGCCGAUGCUCUCGGGAACGGGCAGCGGCCGCCGGCGCGGAGCGCUGUGGGAGCUGCUGGGGCUGCAGGGGGCGGCCCCCGCCGGCUGGCUGUCGGAGGAGCGCGCCGAGGAGCAGUCCCCGGCCGGGCCGAACGGUCCGGGGGGCGGCGGCGGCGGCGGCGGGCUGUGCCUGGAGCCCCACGAGCACGCGUGGAUACUGGCGGCCGCCGAGGGCCGCCUUGAGGUGCUGUGGGAGCAGCUGGAAGCCGAGCCCGGGCUGCUGCUGCGGUGCGACCCGAUCACGGGCUACACGGUGCUGCACUGGCUGGCCAAGCACGGGUGCCACGAGGAGCUCAUCCUGGUGUACGACUUCGCCCAGCGCCGGGGGCUGCAGCUCGACGUGAGCGCCUCGGGCAGCGGCGGCCUCACGCCCCUCCACCUGGCGGCCCUGCAGGGCCACGACAUGGUCAUCAAGGUGCUGGUGGGCGCCUUGGGGGCUGACCCCACGCGCCGCGACUACAGCGGCCACCGGGCCUGUCACUACCUGCGACCCGACGCGCCGCGGAACCUGCGGGAGCUGUCGGGGGCCGAGGACUGGGAGACGGCGGGCGGCAGAGGGCGGAACAACGCCAACAACAACAGCAGCGGCUGCGCCGCCGCGUGGACGCUGCGACGGACCCCGAGCGCGGUGGGCGCGACCGCCGUGGAGAAGAACUACACGCCCCGAAAGGAGAAGGACUACACGGGCAGCCGGGUGGCACAAAUUCAGGGCCUUUUCCGCCAAAUAUUCCCCUUCUUCCAGGACCGGUGAGGGCGACGGAGACCGGAGAGCGCGGAGGGACCGCGACGCCGCGUCGAGGCCUCGGUCUCCGGUUGUCUCCGGCCCCGCCCGAAGGGGCGGCAGCUCGGGCCGAAGCCGAGCGCGCUGGGCCUGCAAGCGGCGGACCACCUCCAGCUUUGUCUCAGGUACCUGUCCCAGGUCUUCUACGCCACCGGCCAGGAGACCUGGGGACCAGGGUACCCUCACCGAGACAGCAAAGACCAAGCCUCCCUGACGCCGAGUCCCAAGACUACAGGACUACGGAGUUAGGAGCGGGAGUGCCGUCCUACGUGGGAGAGGAAAACUUAACGCUUCCAAGAGCCAUUUCUGGGCAGGCAGAAGCUCUGGGUUUAUUAGGAAGCACUCGCUUAGAAGAACGAGUUAAGACUAUAAACCACGGAUAACAGAGGAAACACCUAACUGAAGGCUUGACUCGGCUGUUCCUGCGGGCAGAGUCACCCUUCCCCCCAACCUGCUCCUGACACCUCCAGGCUUUUACGGGUACUUUUCCUAAUGUAUCACGGAUGACUUCUUGAGCAUAUUAAAGCGGAGUAUGUUUUCCUUUCACAUGACAAAGCUGUCCUUUGAGUGACUUUUUUUUUUUUUCCCAUUAACCACCCGAGUGCGGGAAGCUUCCUACAUUUGCAGGGAAGAGCUCACCAGCUGGCCAGGAGCUAGUGAUCGGGGCGGCUCAGGACCUCGUUCCCACAGCAGAUGGCCAAGCCGUGCACUGGAAGGAACUGCUUUCACCUUGGCUCUGAGUAGAGACACACAGUUUGCCUGUCCCCCGGGCUCUUUGGCCGCUGGGUCUGGCUUCCCGCACAAGUCUCAUCCUCGAGGAGUCGUCUGUAGGGGGCAGAGGGGUGGGAGAAGGGCCAAAUGUGCAAGUGUACAUUUCUGAUAUUUUGUGGUGAGUCAUGUAAUUUACCUGGACUUCUGCCCUCCCAUGAGACACACCCACUGGCACUUUUUCCGAGAUAGGGCUUCUUUAAUCAUCGGCAUUGCUUUUUCAUUACGUGUAAUCUAUAAGUUAUAGUUUGGAAAAUUGCCCCCAUUCAGAAAUUGUGUGUGAAGACAGUAGAAUACAGGUUGACUUUGGCUGAAGGGAGGGAAAAGCAGUUGGUGGCUAGGGAUCCAUGCUGCCUUAGAGAACGGUGCAUUUUCAAAAUAGCACGGCAUCCCUGGAAGCUUGGACAGCCCUUGCAAUGGACUGUUGUGUCCCCAGCCCUCCCAUCCCCAUCCUUGAACACCAGGGAGAAAUUGAGUCAUCGCAGAACACAGAAAGGCCACCCUGAGCUCAUCCACACAGGUUUCCGUCUCCGCCUGGCCUGCCUGCUUGGCCCUCUCUGUUACCUCUUCCGGGCUCAAAACGUUACGAUCUUCCCUUAAUAACCCACGGGGUUCUUGUCAUCCAUGAAAUGAUCCAAACCCUCCCUGUCAACGUUCUCCGCCUGUCGUAUGUGUCUAGGAACUACACCUUAAAUUGACACA